AUGAAGAGCAAUGUUGUUGCAGAUAAAAAGGGAGAAAGCUCCUUUGGUGUGAGACCACCACGUGAAGCUCCAGAAGGGAAGAAACAAUAUGAUUCCUUCUUUGAUGCAAAAGUGAAGUUUCAGAAUUUCACAGGCCCACAUACACACAAGGCUUCACUUCUGGAAGGACCGCCAUCUUAA